GAGGCGGCCGCCGCAGUCGGCGCGCAAUCGCGGAGCCAGGCGCAGCCGGGAGCCGGGCGCCUGCGAGCACCGGGCCCGGAGCAGCGACGGCCCCGCCCGGCCGGCCUGAGCGCCUCCCGCCCUCGAAGGCUCGCGGGCCCCGGCGCCCCGGAGCCCGCGGACAUGUCCUUCCCGCAGCUGGGCUACCCGCAGUACCUAAGCGCCCCGGGAACGGGCGCCUAUGGCGGCGAGCGCCCGGGGGUCCUGGCCGCCGCCGCCGCCGCCGCAGCCUCGUCGGGCCGGCCUGGGGCGGCGGAGCUGGGCGCGGGCGCGGCCGCGGUCACCUCGGUGCUGGGCAUGUACGCGGCGGCCGGGCCGUACGCCGGCGCGCCCAACUACAGCGCCUUCCUGCCCUACGCCGCCGACCUCAGCCUCUUCUCGCAGAUGGGAUCACAAUAUGAACUCAAGGACAACCCUGGGGUGCACCCUGCCACCUUCGCGGCCCACACCGCACCGGCCUAUUACCCUUAUGGCCAGUUUCAGUAUGGGGAUCCCGGGAGGCCCAAGAACGCCACCCGCGAGAGCACCAGCACGCUGAAGGCCUGGCUGAAUGAGCACCGCAAGAACCCCUACCCCACCAAGGGCGAGAAGAUCAUGCUGGCCAUCAUCACCAAGAUGACCCUCACGCAGGUCUCCACCUGGUUCGCGAAUGCGCGCCGGCGCCUCAAGAAGGAAAACAAGGUGACCUGGGGGGCUCGCAGCAAGGAUCAGGAGGAUGGCGCCCUCUUCGGCAGCGACACUGAGGGCGACCCUGAGAAGGCCGAGGACGACGAGGAGAUUGACCUGGAGAGUAUCGACAUCGACAAGAUCGACGAGCACGAUGGUGACCAGAGCAAUGAGGACGAGGAGGACAAGGCGGAGGGGCCGCGCGCACCCGCCGCCCCCAGCGCCUUGGCCCGGGAACAGGGCUCACCGCUGGCGGCGGCUGACGUGCUCAAGCCCCAGGACUCGCCUCUGGGCCUGGCCAAGGAGGUCCCUGAGCCUGGCAGCACGCGCCUGCUGAGCCCCGGGGCCUCGGUCGUCAGCCUGCAAGGCGCACAGCACAGCAAGCCCAAGAUCUGGUCGCUGGCGGAGACUGCUACGAGCCCCGACGGCGCGCCCAAGGCGUCCCCACCGCCUCCCGCAGGCCACCCAGUGGCGCACGGGCCACCCACGGGCGCGCCGUUGCAGCACCCGGCCUUCCUGCCCAGCCACGGACUGUACACCUGCCACAUCGGCAAGUUCUCCAACUGGACCAACGGCGCGUUCCUGGCGCAGGGCUCGCUGCUCAACAUGCGCUCCUUCCUGGGCGUCGGCGCGACCCACGCCGCGCCCCACGGGCCGCACCUGCCGGCGGCCCCGCCACCGCAGCCGCCCGUCGCCGUCACCACCACCGGCCCGCUCCAAGUGGACAAGGCCUCGGCCCGUGCCAGCCCUGCGCUCCCAGAGAGAGACCUCGUCCCCAGGCCCGAUUCCCCUGCGCAGCAGCUGAAGUCGCCCUUCCAGCCGGUCCGAGACAACUCGCUGGCCCCGCAGGAGGGGACGCCGCGGAUCCUGGCAGCGCUCCCGUCCGCCUGAUCGAGGCCUCCUUCCACGGCGGCGGGGGAAGGGGGGAGGCUUGGGGGGGCGGGGGCCGGGAGGAAUCGAGGCAGAUGUUUCAGACUGGUGUAAAGGACAAAUACGACGACGAGGACCGCGUCACCGACUCUCACGCGUCGCUUCCGCGGCAGGGGGCUCGUCCGAGCCUGCGGCCCCAGGCUGCGCCCUGCGGCUGGUGGCUGCCGCGUGCUCGGCGCCGGUCCGGCCGGGUCAAGGGCACGCGCUGUCUUCUUCGCUUUCCUUUCUGUAUAUAGAGUGAUUCAGACUGUAAAUAGCGCGGCAGCGAACUUGUCUAAAUCAUAUAUUUUUGUCUAAUAAACGAAAUGAAACGA